CGUCACUACCAACGGUUCAAUCGGCUAGAGGAACAGCUUGCAGUCUUAGACUACGUCUUUGAUCAGUCACGGAAUCACCAGCUUCUCACGUGGGCAAAGUCAAUGGACACGGAACCGGCUGAUGCUGACUCCUCGUCAGCCAUUCUCGUCGAGGAGGAAGAGGAGGAGGAACCCCAGUGUGCUUCAUCAGCGUAAGUUUAAUUUGCUUCGGCUCACUCCUUGCAUUGAGUGUGAGUAG